GGCAUUGCAGAACAUCAACAGUGUUAGCUUUCCAGGAAAAUGUUCAAUUUUCUUCACGCGGAUAUUGGUUUGAUUCAAGAUUUGAAACAGUUGGUUGAAAAAAACAACGUACAGGAUGGAAACAUCGAAGGCAUUCGGAAGUUUCACGAACAGCUACUGCAAACGAAACCCGACACGAUGCAGCUGCUGCAAGGAAAUUACCUAAACUUGCUCAUUUCUCUGCUGGACAACGUGACCGGCAACAAUCAGAAAGAAUCGGCAACCGUCAUAGUGGAGUGCAUCGGUACAAUUCUACAGGGCAGUAAAUUGCGGGACGCCGUGGCUCUGAAAACGGUGCUGGUAGUACUGAUGCAGCAAAUCUACGACCUCAAAAGUAACCAGCUGAUUCAAGGUCUUUCCGAAGAGUACAAGUUAGCGAUUUUGAAAGGGCUAACCAAUGCCUGCCGGAACAUUCAAUCCGAUCUGGUGGAGGAGGUGUACGUCCGGAAUAACAUAAACCUGCUCUCGCAGGUUCUGAUCAUUUGUGUCGGUGUCCUCGCGACCGAACGAUUCCGAAAGCUUCGAUUUCAAGCCAUAUACUGCAUUCUGGCCACAAUGCAAAUUCACGAUGAUUCCGAUUGGGAGGAUUCGGUUUUGAGGCAUCAUGUUGCGGAGUUGUUGUUUAUCAUUCUUCCGAAACUGCUGUCUUCGCUGGUUUCGGUUAUCAACGGUGACCGUAAACAGGGUACGGCCGUUAUUCGGAUGGCGAUUAAAGCACUGGGAAGAGUGAUUUGUUUGAUAUUUGAAGACUACGAAAAACGAGAAGCAGAGGAAAAUAUCGCAACCGAAAAGUUUGCCAAACUUGCGAUCAAGUUGAACCGAUCGGAUCGGACCGAAUCCAACGUGUUGGGAAUGGGUUUGCGAGAUUCAGCUGCUAAGGCGAAUUAUUUUAAUAACACAACCAGAAGCCGUGAAUGGUUGCUAGCGGCGGACAAGAAAGUACACGGAGUCUUGGGACUGAUAACGCAUCUGAGAGGAGUGGAGGAAGAUGCGUUUCGACAAGAGUACGCUAGAAUGAAUGCCGAGCUUUUGAUCCGAUGUGUUCCCAACAUGCCUCUCUGUUCAAUCACAAUAUUGGAAUCUCUGCUGGCACUGUGUCAGGACGAAUCGAAGAAUAUUCGUGACUUUUGUGAGGGAGGUUUGACGGCGUACGCCAGUCGCCGCAGUAUCAUUUUCGGUUCGGCUAGGAUCGAUGAACUGUUCUACGAUUCGUUGAAACCGAUAUCGCGGAGUAUUUACCGAGCGGAAGAAACCGAUCAAGUGGCCCAGUUCGCCUUGUUGAAAGGUUACAUAAAAUUUCUUCCCGAUCACCAGCUAAACGUGAUUCUGUCCAAUCAGGAAACACUCAACCAGUUGGUUCUGAUGUUGCUUGCUGGAGCAGAGCUAGCCCAAUCGGAUGAAUUGGUACGCCGGGAGUACGUGUCCUACUGUUUCCAGUAUGCUUUGAAAGCGUCUGAUUUGGAGCGGAAGCAACCGGAAUCCCGAUGGAUUGUUUUACGAAACUUUCAGGGAUCGAGCAGAAGUCAAACGGCGUUUCUUGAUAUGCUUCAUAAUUUCAAAGAUCGUCCGGAAAGUCUCGCCACGAUUUUGAACUACAUUGUGGAAGAUUUGUUCACCACCAAGUUGAACGCACACGGCUAUUUGUUCAUUCUUUCUGAACUGAUCUUCCCAGAUGUCGACAGUCCGUCUCUUCUAAAUAUUUUCCAGAACGUUUUCACGGAAAUCCUUCAUAGCUACCAUUGGGAUCUGGAACUGGAAGAAACCCUCCACGUUUCGGAUUUGAAAUUCAAUGUACUGCACAUCUGUUUGGCACUGCGAGCUGUUGACCGGUUCUGUCGGUUGUUCAGCAAGGACAUGCCCAGUUGGCAGUUGUAUGACGUACUUCGAAACGUCCUCCCACUAACCGGAUGCAACCUAAACUGUCUGAAUGAAUCAGCCGAACUUGCCCUGGACAAUAUUGCCGCCAGUGUUGGGCUAAGUUCGAUUCAUGAAUUGAUUUCCCGCAAUCUGGAUUACAUUUCACAGUACAUUCAACGGUGUUUGAAAAGAACGGAUAAUUUUUCGGCAGGAGUUCACAUGCUCCAAUCGGUGCUGCGUUACGUCCCGUACGAAACGUCCGCCGUGUUGGAAUCCACAGUCAGCCCGAUCGUGAUGAACAUCCUGGAUGAUCACGACCAGCGAACUGGAGCCGGUCGAAUUCUUUGUUUGCGAAUGUUGCAGAUCUUCAUACGGGCGAUUCGUUUUCGCUAUCGAACGACCGAGAAGAGUAACGACGACGAUGGUCUUAAGAAUUCACGCGAAAAGCUGGCGGAAAAAAUGGAUCAAUUGAAAAAGGAAGUCCAGAACAAGCUUCCCAUAGAUGAGGAAGCGACUAUUGAAGAACUUCCAGCAGACGGGGACGACGCUGGUGAAGAAGAACCAAUGGAACCAGACGAUACCAAUCAAACUGACGAGCGAAAACUUCCUUCGCAUAUUGCCAUGACAAUCAAAAUACUGACGGUAAAUUUUAAAUAUCUCGGCUCGGGAGUGCUGGAGGAGAAAAUCAUUGCACUGCAGACACUGAACGAAGGCAUUCAUCUGCUGGGGGAUCACGAAAACCAGCUGCUUCCGAUGGUGCAUCAGAUUUGGUUCAAUUUUGCCGAACGGUUCGCGGAUCCAAGUCCGGUGGUGGUCAGUUGUGCCUUCGAUCUACUCGUCAGUUUGGCCCGGCUUGCGAAGGACUUCAUCCGGAAGCGAACGUUGGAUGACGUCCUACCGCGACUGAAUGCAUUUAUGCGUAGCAACAUCGGAGCCGACUUCAGUGCCCUGCAGACGUUCAAACUGCAGCGGAAGAUACUCGUGCACAUACCGGAGCUGGUGAAAUGGCUGAAACUGAACGAACGUCAGCUGAAUCAGGUCCUAAGCGUAACGAAGUUAUACCUGGUGGCGCGUUCGGAACGCAGGGAGCUACAGCAGCUGGCGGCCAGUUGUUUCGAUCGGCUUGCCGCCGAAUACGAUGCCGGAGCGGUUUUCGUCAAACUCACCGACGAGUGAAGUGAAGUUUCUUUCCACAUUAAAAAUCCUGAUCGUUUAUUGUAAAAAUAGUGUGUGUGUAUU